UGAUGUGCAACAUAAGCCAACCGUGGAGGAUGUUGUUGAUGAAGAAGAUCGCAAGCACCCUCCCCCAUCGUCUCCAGUGCAGGACCAAAAGGCCGAUGCUUCAUUGCAGAGCCCGGCACCCACGGAAGUCCCCGCCCCCAAGGCGGCUCCCAAGAAGGCCCCCGCUUUUGAUGUACAGUCAGAGGAGUUGUUUCCUGCCCUGGGGAGUGGCCCGAAGCCCAAAGUGCCUGCUGCAUCUGCAUGGGGCGCUAGAGGGCCUUCAGCGGCUGCCGCCGUUGCCAACGGCGUUCCUGGUGGGUCAGCGGCAGGUAGGCUUUCCUAUUCUCAUUCGCACAAAGCAUGAGAAGGCUGACCGGUGGUGAAAUAGCGCAAGGCCCUCGUAUCAUGAGCCUUCCUGGCAAACACGUCGAGCAGCUCCGGCUAGCGCCCUCCCAAAUGCUUCCUCGGGGGCAAUUAAAGAAACCGCUGCGCGAUAUUCUGCGCGAUAUCUCGAGACGGUCGAAGGCCAAUGUUGAUAUGCGAAAUGGCCCCGGUGGCUCAAUAAUCUUCGAGGGUAAGGGCUCUGUAGACGCUGUUAGACAAGCUCUGAAGGAGGUCGCACAGCAAGUCGGUUCCAAGCAAUCCGUACGUGUGCCAAUUCCUACCUCUGCCCGUCCUCACAUCAUCGGUCGACAAGGCGCUAUUGUACAGGAGAUGCAGCAGCGGACCGGCGCACGCGUGCAAGUUCCCCGCAUCGAUGAAUCUGCCGCAGGACAGGACGAUGAUGACAGCGAUACUAUUGAUGUCCUCAUUGAAGGUGAUGCUGUUGCAGCUGAAAUGGCUCGUCGGGAAAUUGAGGCCAUCGUGAAGGAGAGAACUUCGAACAUGAGCAUACGACUCAAAUCCAUCCCGCCUGAGUUCUUUCCUUUCAUCGCGGGACCGCAUAAUGCGUAUCUCAAAGAUAUUGAGCAGCGCACUCAAGCCCAGCUGCAUGUUCCUCGGUACGAUACGUGGCAAAGUCAGCCUCCGCCUGAGGAGGCUGAUCCUGGCCAUGUUCAGUUUGUGGCAGUCCCUGAGAAGCACAUUCACAUUAGUGGAGAGCGCGCUGCAGCACAGGAGGCCCGUGCUGAAAUUGAGAGACUUGCUGCCGACCUCCAGCGCAAACUGACUCUUCGUCAACUAGCAAUCAACCGUGGUCAGCAUCAAUUCAUCUUGGGUGACAACGCUGAUGCACUGCACGAAUUCCUUGCUGACACUGGCUGCGCAAUCGUUCUGCCACCUCCUUCGGAUGACAGUGAAUUCCUUACCAUUACUGGUCCAUUGGAUCGUAUUGAAAGUGGUAUUAAUCGGGCAAUGGACCUUGCCACAAGCAUGCAGAUGGCAAGCAUUGACCUCUCACGCCAGCACCCAAAUGCUCCCAGUGGACCACACGCCCACGCGCGUGCCCUUACACGCUACCUUAGACAACGACAGAUCAUCAAGGAAUUGGAGAGCAUGUACGAUGCUCGUAUUGCACUUCCACCAAGCUCCGAUGGCCCGGUCACUUGGGAGGUUUACUCUAGAGAUGGCAAGAACACUAUCCGUGCUCGAUCCGAUAUUAUGAACCUUGUUCAUGCCCAUCCUCCAGCAAGGAUUCGUCACCUUUCAAUUGACCCUUAUUUCCACCCUUACAUUCGUGAUCGGGCUAUUGCAAAGCUACAGGCCGAGUAUGGUGUACAUGUCCUGACUCCCGAAGAGCUUGACAGCCCGAAUGUGGUACUAAUUUACGAGGGACCGUCGGCUACCGCUUCUCAGUUCGAAGUCUCGCGUCAGCGACCAUCUGCUGCUGAGCUCGCCGCCUUCGAGAAGGCUCUCCAAGAAGCCCAGGAGUAUCUCUCUAGCACGUUGGGUGACCAAAACGAUAUUGUAGCAAAGUCUGUGAACGUGCCAGCCAAAUAUCAGGAGAAGGUUAGAAAGUUCAUUGCUCGGGAACAACAGGCAAAGGGUGAAGACUCCAUACCUGUUCGCGCACUCGUCACAGAGUCGAGCAGCCGUGGCGCCGAAAGCGAGAUCGCACUGCGCGGUCCAUCCCAUCUCGUGGAAGAGUUGAUUUCGCAACUGCAAGCAUUCGUCAAAGAACAAGAGAAAGAUGAUCUGGAGAGAGGGUACACAACCUCGUUCGAUUUCCCUCAAAAGUUCGCGAACAUCCUUAUCGGCAAGAAGGGUGAGAACAUCAACAAGCUCCGUGAGGAGUUUGAUGUUGAUAUUAAGGUGGAGAACGGCAAGGUUGAGGUCAAGGGACCCAAGGCUAAGGCUGAUGCUGCUAAGGCUAGGAUCAUCAAUAUGGGCAAGAAGCUGGAGGAUGAGACGACUCAUGUCCUGAAGAUCCCUGCCCAAUAUCACCGUGAGCUUAUCGGUCAGCAGGGAAGCCAAGUCAACAGGCUCCAGGAUCGUUAUAGCGUCCGAGUUCAGUUCCCUCGCGCUGCACCCAUCGGUGCAGACGACCAGUCUGUUGAAGCAUCUAGCGAGGCGGGCGGCUCUCGUCCCAACCGGCCUCAACAGGCAGCUGACGAAGUUAUUGUCAAGGGUCCUAGCAAGGGAGCUGACGCCACACGCGAUGAGCUCCUCAGCUUGCUGCAAUGGGUCAUUGAUCACUCUCACUCUGGGUCGGUGUCUGUUGCUCAAAGCCAAAUUCCGUCUUUGAUUGGCCAGCGCGGUCGUGAAAUGGACAAGCUCCGCGCCGAUACUGGUGCCCGAAUUGAUGUUCCCGGGGCCGAUGAUGUGCCAGAUGCUUCGGGCCGGGUGCAGAUUAUGAUUAAGGGAACGAAGAAGCAGGUCGAAGAGGCCAAGAAGAUCCUGGAACAACGGUCCAGGGAAUUUGAUGCUACUGUUACUAAGACUAUCGAAGUUGACAAGAAGCACCACAAAUCGCUGAUUGGUGGGGGUGGUGCGAACAUUCGUAAAAUUGUGGCUGAUGCUGGUGGCCCUACUGACGGGGGUGCAUCGCGCCUUGUUAGGUUCCCCCGCCCCGAAAGCAGUGACACUACUAUUAAACUUGAAGGGAACAGCCAAGUUGUUGACAAGAUUAUUGCUGCCAUUGAGGAGUUUGUGAAAGAGCGCGAAGAUCAGGUGACAGAGAACGUCGAAGUUCCUACUACUCAGCACCGGCUGCUCAUUGGACGCGGUGGUGAGACCAGGCGCGGCAUUGAGUCAAAGUUCAACAUCACGCUCGAUAUUCCAAAGCAAGGCUCUGGACGUUCUGAAAUCAAACUGAAGGGCCCUACCAACGCUGUCACAGAGGCCAAGGAACACAUCCUCUCUCUGCUCAAGGACCGGCAAGGGGAGACUAUCGAUGUCCCUACUCACUUGCAUCAUGCCAUUUCCGACAAUGGCUCUUUCUUCCGUCGCCUCCGUAAUGACUAUCAGGUGACCGUGGAUCAUGCUGGUCAGCAAGUUCCAUCCAAGCCUACCUCAGAGGACUCUCGUGGUGCGAUCAACGGAGGUUCAUCUCUACCAUUAAUCACCGAUGAGCCCAGCCAAGCCACCGAUGCUCACUCGUGGAAGGUGGUUGAAAAUGUUCCCGCAGCCAGCGACUCGACCCAACCCGCUACCAUUCCAUGGGUGUUAGCAGGCAGCCGUGACAAUAUCACGAGGGCCAAGGCAGCCCUGGAGAAGGCUAUUGCUAAUGCCUCACAACAAUCCGCGACUGGCUACUUGAUCCUGCCCGACCCGAAGACCUACCGCUUUGUUGUUGGACAGGGAGGUAGCCAGAUCAAUGCCAUUCGUAAGCAGACUGGCUGCCGAAUCAAUGUCCCCAAGGAUCAGGCCAAGGGUGAGGCGAUCGAGGUCAAGGGAAGCAAGGAAGGCCUGGAGCAAGCCAAGGAUAUGAUUCUGGAAGCUGUCCGGGCCGGACUCGAGGGUAGCACCAGGUAAUUCCCAGCCCAAAGCUGGUAGUGGAGUCUGAACAAUUUCACGUACUGGUGAUGAUUGCGAACAUAUUUGGGGUCCAAAAUUCUAUUCUUAUCGUGUCUUAUGUCUGAUAAAAAGAUUGUGUUAUAUACUAUUUUAUUAUUUGCAUCGGAGGCACUCGCCCAACUUGGAUAUUUCUGUAUUUAAACCAUUUCAUUCUCCCGGCAGUAUAUAUCUAUCUUUUGUGUAUAAGUGGUAAUAUGUUUUUUGGUUCUUUUUCGCAGUAAUACGUACGUAUCUGGUG